AUGGUCGGGGUAAAGGUAAUCGGAAAUGAUUCAGAAUUCCAACCUGAGCUAUCCGCCGCCGGCUCAAGGCUUGCCGUAGUGAAGUUCACGAUGGCAGGGUAAGGUUCAAAAUCUGUUCCCAGGCCUGGCUUUACUAGGUAUGUAGCUGGCUAGCAUGCUAGAGGUGAUCUUAAACUGAAAUGGGUGAUCCACGUUCAUUUGUGAAUGUAUAGCUAGCUAGUUGGUACAUUUGUUUCGGAUUUAACUGUGUAUCAGUUGUUGAGUACUUUCAAACAGCUCUUUUUAAAAGCGUGACAAAAUAGCAAACGGUAAUUUAACUCUGACGACACUCCACGCUGUUAGCUAGCUAGAUAGCUUAGCCAGCUAUGACUUAGCAAUAUCAGACAGGCUAAGCUAGCUAGACUACUUGUUAACAGCAUCAUAGUAGUCUGAUACUAGCUAUCUAACAAUACAGUCAAAUAUGUUCUAUAUAGUUUGUGGUACAUAUAAGUAAUGUUAGCUAGCUAGCCACCUAUCUAGCUAGUGGUUUUAAUAAGCAUCUACUAGCUAGCUAUGCACUUCCAUGUGAAGGGAACACAACAGCUAUGUUUGCUAACAUGAGUUAGCUAGCUAACCAUCUAGAUAACUAGCUAACUCUGAAGAAGAAUGCUUGACUAACUAUUGUUUUAGCUUUAGCUACUGCAUAUGUAAGGCUUACUUUUGCAUUCCUGUUUUGUUUAUAACAGCCAUUGAUAAUAGCUAGCUAACUAACGUUAGCCAAUUAACUACACUUCCGGGUUAGUUGACAAUAGCUUCCUAUUAAACUCCUCUUCGCUCCCCAGGUGUCGACCCUGUGUCAGAAUAUCCCCUGCUUUCAACAUGUUGAGUAACAAGUACCCACAUGUAAUUUUUCUUGAAGUAGAUGUACACGUCUGUCAGGUGAGGUUCUUUUUGUGUUACGAGCUUUAAUAAUACAACCUACUGUAUCGUAAUCAAAACACCAGGUACUCCAUUGUUCAAGUUGUUGUUGUCGUAGGAUACUUGGUAAACAAGAAGUGAUGUAUGGCCUCAGACAUGUCAACAUCCUCUCAUGUCAUUCAUUUGAGCAAUACAGAUGAAGAAGUCUGGUAUGUGUGGUUAUGCAUGUGACUAAGAUUUCGAUGUCAAUCUUCCCUCUUCCCUCUCAGGCAACGGCUGCCGCCAACAACAUCUCUGCAACGCCAACGUUUUUGUUUUUCCGUAACAAAGUGCGCAUUGACCAGUAUCAGGGUGCAGAUGCCUCGGGUCUAGAGGAGAAGAUCAAGCAGCAUGUAGAAAACGACCCUGGAAGCAACGAGGACUCAGACAUUCCCAAGGGAUAUGUGAGUAUAAUAUUAACUGCAUCACUUGGGUGAGUUUCCCAAAACGUAAAGAUAAUCUUUAGAAUUAAGUUGCCUACCAACUAGCUUACCGAUCUUUAUGUUUUUGGGAAACUCACCCUAGGCUAGUUAUACUUCUGAGUUCUGUCCCUGGCCUCCCGACCUGGGCCGUGAACUCAGAAUCCCUCCCUGUCUUCCCGAGACAGGACGUGAACUCAGAACCCCUCCCUGUCUUCCCGAGACAGGACGUGAACUCAGAACCCCUCCCUGUCUUCCUGAGACAGGACGUGAACUCAGAACCCCUCCCUGGCCUCCCGACCUGGGCCGUGAACUCAGAAUCCCUCCCUGUCUUCCCGAGACAGGACGUGAACUCAGAACCCCUCCUGUCUUCCCGAGACAGGACGUGAACUCAGAACCCCUCCCUGUCUUCCUGAGACAGGACGUGAACUCAGAACCCCUCCCUGGCCUCCCGACCUGGGCCGUGAACUCAGAACCCCUCCCUGUCUUCCCGAGACAGGACGUGAACUCAGAACCCCUCCCUGUCUUCCCGAGACAGGACGUGAACUCAGAACCCCUCCCUGUCUUCCUGAGACAGGACGUGAUCUCAGAACCCCUCCCUGGCCUCCCGACCUGGGCCGUGAACUCAGAAUCCCUCCCUGUCUUCCCGAGACAGGACGUGAACUCAGAACUCCUCCCUGUCUUCCUCAGACAGGAUGUGAACUCAGAACCCCUCCCUGGCCUCCUGACCUGGGCCGUGAACUCAGAACCCCUCCCUAGUCUUCCCGAGACAGGGCGUGAACUCAGAACCCCUCUGCACCGUAACAUAGCAUACUCCAGAUGCACCGUCAAUGCUGACAGUAUCCCAGGACAGGCCUCCGGAAGGCAGUAGCAACGUUUAGCAUAAGUCAAAGCUAACCAUCCUCUACAUCAGCUCACAUUUCUGUAAAGCAGUGUCAAAAUUUAGGGUGAUGAUACACAAGUAGGUGCGAGAACCUCUGACAAGAAUUAAAAUCUUUCUGCUUUUUGUGCUUGCUUGUAAUGUGCACUUAACAUGGGUUCACCUUGUGUGUGUCCUUUUAAAAAUAUAUAUAUUUGUACUGUGUCUGUGCGUUCAGAUGGACCUGAUGCCGUUUGUGAACAAAGCUGGCUGUGAGUGCCUAAAUGAGAGCGACGAGAGCGGUUUUGACAACUGCUUGGUCAAGGACACCACCUACCUGGAGUCUGACUGUGACGAGCAGGUGAGUCUGAGGAUGGAUGGAUGGAUGGAUGGAUGGAUGGAUGGAUGGAUGGAUGGAUGGAUGGAUGGAUGGAUGGAUGGAUGUUAGCUCCUUCUUCUUUUUUGGUCAGAGUGGUCUGAAAUGUUUUCAGUCCAGUCACCUGUUGUGAGGUUUACUGGAAGUACCCACCAUGUCCAUUUGAAAAUGUUUGCCUUGGUUUUGGAAUUAAUUGACGAGACCCAAGUGGAACACAGCCACAUUUUCCUUCAUUUGCGGGAUGUUACCUUCUAUUGAUGUCAGUGUGGAAAAGAUAGAUGUAUAAUAACACCCCUCACUGAGAGACUCAUAGAUGUAUGAUAACACCCCUCACUAAGAGACUCAUAGAUGUAUGAUAACACCCCUCACUAAGAGACUCAUAGAUGUAUGAUAACACCCCUCACUAAGAGACUCAUAGAUGUAUGAUAACACCCCUCACUAAGAGACUCAUAGAUGUAUGAUAACACCCCUCACUAAGAGACUCAUAGAUGUAUAAUAACACCCUUCACUAAGAGACUCAUAGAUGUAUAAUAACACCCUUCACUAAGAGACUCAUAGAUGUAUGAUAACACCCCUCACUAAGAGACUCAUAGAUGUAUGAUAACACCCUUCACUAAGAGACUCAUAGAUGUAUGAUAACACCCCUCACUAAGAGACUCAUAGAUGUAUAAUAACACCCCUCACUGAGAGACUCAUAGAUGUAUAAUAACACCCCUCACUGAGAGACUCAUAGAUGUGCCAUUAAACCCCUACAACUCAUCCAGAAUGCCGCAGCCCGUCUGGUGUUCAACCUUCCCAAGUUCUCUCACGUCACCCCCCUCCUCCGCACACUCCACUGGCUUCCAGUUGAAGCUCGCAUCCGCUACAAGACCAUGGUGCUUGCCUAUGGAGCAGUGAGGGGAACGGCACCUUUGUACCUUCAGGCUCUGAUCAGUCCCUACACCCAAACGAGGACAUUGCGUUCAUCCACCUCUGGCCUGCUGGCUCCCCUUCCUCUGCGGAAGCACAGCUCCCGCUCAGCCCAGUCAAAACUGUUCGCUGCUCUGGCACCCCAAUGGUGGAACAAGCUCCCUCACGACGCCAGGACAGCGGAGUCACUCACCACCUUCCGGAGACAUUUGAAACCCCACCUCUUUAAGGAAUACCUGGGAUAGGAUAAAGUAUUCCUUCUAACCCCCCCCCCCCCCCCCCCCAAAUUGUAAAGUGGUUAUCCCACUGGCUAUAGGGUGAACGCACCAAUUUGUGAGUCGCUCUGGCUAAGAGCGUCUGCUAAAUGACGUUAAUGUGCCCUUGAGCAAGGCACUUAACCCUAAUUGCUCCUGUAAGUCGCUCUGGUUAAGAGCGUCUGCUAAAUGACUAAAAUGUAAAUGUAAAUGUAUAGAUGUAUGAUAACACCCCUCACUGAGAGACUCAUAGAUGUAUAAUAACACCCCUCACUGAGAGACUCAUAGAUGUAUAAUAACACCCCUCACUGAGAGACUCAUAGAUGUAUAAUAACACCCCUCACUAAGAGACUCAUAGAUGUAUAAUAACACCCCUCACUAAGAAACUCAUAGAUGUAUGAUAUCACCCCUCACUAAGAGACUCAUAGAUGUAUGAUAUCACCCCUCACUAAGAGACUCAUAGAUGUAUAAUAACACCCCUCACUAAGAGACUCAUAGAUGUAUGAUAUCACCCCUCACUAAGAGACUCAUAGAUGUAUGAUAUCACCCCUCACUAAGAGACUCAUAGAUGUAUAAUAUCACCCCUCACUAAGAGACUCAUAGAUGUAUGAUAUCACCCCUCACUAAGAGACUCAUAGAUGUAUGAUAACACCCCUCACUGAGAGACUCAUAGAUGUAUAAUAACACCCCUCUCUGAGAGACUCAUAGAUGUAUAAUAACACCCCUCACUGAGAGACUCAUAGAUGUAUAAUAACACCCCUCACUAAGAGACUCAUAGAUGUAUGAUAACACCCCUCACUGAGAGACUCAUAGAUGUAUAAUAACACCCCUCACUGAGAGACUCAUAGAUGUAUAAUAACACCCUUCACUAAGAGACUCAUAGAUGUAUAAUAACACCCCUCACUAAGAGACUCAUAGAUGUAUAAUAACACCCUUCACUAAGAGACUCAUAGAUGUAUAAUAACACCCCUCACUAAGAGACUCAUAGAUGUAUAAUAACACCCCUCACUGAGAGACUCAUAGAUGUAUAAUAACACCCCUCACUAAGAGACUCAUAGAUGUAUAAUAACACCCCUCACUAAGAGACUCAUAGAUGUAUAAUAACACCCUUCACUGAGAGACUCAUAGAUGUAUAAUAACACCCCUCACUAAGAGACUCAUAGAUGUAUAAUAACACCCCCCACUAAGAGACUCAUAGAUGUAUAAUAACACCCCUCACUAAGAGACUCAUAGAUGUAUAAUAACACCCUUCACUAAGAGACGCAUAGAUGUAUAAUAACACCCCUCACUAAGAGACUCAUAGAUGUAUAAUAACACCCCUCACUGAGAGACUCAUAGAUGUAUAAUAACACCCCUCACUAAGAGACUCAUAGAUGUAUAAUAACACACCUCACUAAGAGACUCAUAGAUGUAUAAUAACACCCCCCACUAAGAGACUCAUAGAUGUAUAAUAACACCCCUCACUGAGAGACUCAUAGAUGUAUAAUAACACCCCUCACUAAGAGACUCAUAGAUGUAUAAUAACACCCCUCACUAAGAGACUCAUAGAUGUAUAAUAACACCCCCCACUAAGAGACUCAUAGAUGUAUAAUAACACCCCUCACUAAGAGACUCAUAGAUGUAUAAUAACACCCCUCACUAAGAGACUCAUAGAUGUAUAAUAACACCCCCCACUGAGAAACUCAUAGAUGUAUAAUAACACCCCUCACUAAGAGACUCAUAGAUGUAUAAUAACACCCCUCACUGAGAGACUCAUAGAUGUAUAAUAACACCCCUCACUGAGAGACUCAUAGAUGUAUAAUAACACCCCUCACUGAGAGACUCAUAGAUGUAUAAUAACACCCCUCACUGAGAGACUCAUAGAUGUGUAAUAACACCCCUCACUAAGAGACUCAUAGAUGUAUAAUAACACCCCUUACUGAGAGACUCAUAGAUGUGUAAUAACACCCCUCUCUGAGAGACUCAUAUUUUCUCCCUUACAGCUCCUCAUUACGAUGGCCUUCAACCAGCCUGUCAAGCUGUUCUCAAUGAAGCUCCAGUCCUCUGACUUCGGUGAGUCCUUAUUCUUCCUGGCUGCACCUAAAUGUUGCUCAGUUCCUAGUAAAAGCACAUGUACUAGAAAAGGAAAACCUUUUAAGUUUGACCCUUUUUCCCAUGGAAUAGAUGUUGGCCUUUAUUGGAAUGAUCAUGGUUUAUCAUUUGUUGUGUUGUUGAGUUCCCUUGCUUGCUUUGGUUGCCUUGUUUUCUUAUACAUACCUCCUUUCCCCCCUCUGCCUACUUCCUUUCCCCUCUGCCUACUUCCUUUCCCCUCUGCCUACUUCCUUUCCCCUCUGCCUACUUCCUUUCCCCUCUGCCUACUUCCUUUCCCCUCUGCCUACUUCCUUUUCCCCUCUGCCUACUUCAUUUUCCCCUCUGCCUACUUCCUUUCCCCUCUGCCUACUUCCUUUCCCCUCUGCCUACUUCCUCUCCCCCUCUGCCUACUUCCUUUCCCCCCUCUGCCUACUUCCUUUCCCCCCUCUGCCUACUUCCCUUUCUCCCUGUUACAGCCCAGGCACCAAAGUGUGUGAAGAUCUUCAUCAACCUGCCUCGCUCCAUGGACUUUGACGAUGCUGAGCGGAGUGAGGCCACCCAGACCCUGGACCUGGCAGAGGAGGACUUCAAGGACGACGGACUGAUUCCACUGAGAUACGUCAAAUUCCAGAAUGUCCAGAGUGUCACCGUAAGUCAUUUAACACCAACCAAUCACCUGCAGGCCCCUCACUUCCUGGUUCUCUCCUUCCCUCUUUUGUUGAGGUCACAGGAUAUUGAAACGCUGCACGUACUUCAGUUGGUUCCUGUUCUAACACUGGAGAAGAAAGUAUUGUCCAGUUCUGAACUGCAGACAGAGGAAGAGGUGACGCCAGAAGGCUGACUCCGACCCAAAAUCGGUCCGCAGAGCAAGGGAGGGGGGGGGGGAGUGGUUGGGUCUGUAUGGAGGUCAAUGAGACCAAGGGGGGAGUUUCUUUAUAGAGGUCAAUGAGUGUCAAAUUUGGUCAACAUAAAAUGUAAUUGCUAAGUGAGGCUUAUUUGAUCGAAUAGAGGUUUCGUAAUGUUUAGGUUGUUAUGAAUUACUGAUAAACGCACGUGGCAUCCUGGCAACUUUUGAGAAAAAAACAAUUUUAUAUCAGAGUUGUGCCUGUUGUUCACAUGCGUAUCUACUCUCUCAUUGGCUAGAAUGCUCCCACCUGAUCCCGCCUCCUCCAGCCUGCCUUCUGCCUUUGCAGACUUUUAUUCCCAUUGUUAGAGCAGACAGUCCAAUGUCUUGUCAAUAUAAUAGAUCAUAUUUGGUGCAGGAAGGAAGGAAGGAAGGAAGGAAGGAAGGAAGGAAGGAGGAAACCACUUUAGACUAUUGAGAUGCAGCCCAGGUGUAAUUAGUUAUGUUAAAGUAGAACAAUACAGCCAUCUAGUGGCACAAAAUAGUCAUGUUUUUUUUUUGGUCUCAACCGCACGCAGCCCACUAGGCUACACACAGCCGUGAUAUAGAAUGCAUGUUUACAGAAAAUAAUCAGGAAUUUGUUGCUUGAUUGGCAACAUAGGUUCAAACUAAGACUGCAAGAAUUAUAUCCUUUAUGGGCAGUUUCCCGGACAAUGGUCCUAGACUAGAAAGCUCUUUCGGUGGAGAUUCUCCAUUGAGCAUGCCAGGACAACGCUUAAACUGUGUCCGGGAAACUGACCGUUAGUUUCUACUGGUUGUGUCCCCCUGUAAUGAUGAAUCUGUGGUUCUUCCAUGUGUCCUAACAGAUGUUUGUGAAGAACAACCAAGGGGAUGAGGAGACAACUAAAAUAAAUUACCUUACUUUUAUCGGGACCCCUGUACAGGCAACAAACAUGAACGACUUCAAACGG